AUGCGACCGUCCGGCCUUCCUUCAGCCGUGAAUCGCCUUUCCUUUCAUGUUCGCCCAUUCCAUGCCUCGUUCGCGCCGGCCAAGACCCCCGAUGUUUUCGCCAACAGCCUCCGCCAGACAUUGGCGGCUCAUCGCUCCUCAAAUCGAGCUCGCCUUAUCCGAAAAAUAGUUCCCCGAACAGAUCGCCCCGACAUUUUUCGGCCGGAGAUUCCCCCAGAGUGUCGCGCAGACUACCAACCGCGCUUGGAACCGACCUUGCCCACGCCCACGCCCGAACAAUCGCAGAUCGCAAACCCGCUGAGCAAGCGACAUCAACGCAGAUUGAGACGCAGCAGCAGUAGCGGGGUGUCUCGAAUCCCGAAAGACCGACCUGCAGGACAUGCGAUUCAGAGCGCCGACACAAUCAAUGGUCGUCCAGAGCAGCAGCCGUGGUUGAGGGAGCUGGGGCCAUUUCAGACGAAUGGCGACGGUUCAACGCACUUGGACGCGGAAAUCCGGGCGUUGGAGCAUUAUUUAGUGCCUAGCUCCCGCGAACAGGAGCAGAUAGACCGGCUCAGAGUGGAGGUCACUUCCUUUGUCGAGGCAGUGGUCCCGCACACGCCCCAAGUCAUUGGUUCUCGCGGCACCGGCCUGGCGCUGGCGCAUUCGAAUCUGGACUUUCUCCUACCGUUUGAGGAUCUUCCGCGAUCCCUCGACCGGGUCCGGAGGCCAAGUGCCACGCGGCCCCAAAUCCGAGAUGCCCAUACAGACCUUCUUCGCCAAGUUGGAUUCGCCUUGCGGCGCAGUACAGCGUUUGACAACUUCGUCCAUCGACAUGGGAAGCAUGGCCCGAUGUUGACAGUUCGACAUCGGCCAACCGGACUAAAUCUGUCGUUCUCCUGCGGCGAAGGUGUCCCAGCCCUCACCGAGUAUCUACGGGAUUAUCAAGCCGAGUAUCCCGCUCUUCGGCCCCUAUAUGUAGCCACGCGAACACUAUUAGAGGCGCGGGGUCUCUUUGGGGCUCCCAAGUCAAGCAUCGGGCCAGACGCGCUGGCCAUACUUCUGGUUGCUUUCCUCAAAAUGAACCACGGCCGAUUCUCCGGCUACCAUCGCUUGGGCGACCAACUCCUGGCUCUUCUGCAGCUUUACGGCACCGGUAUCAACCUCCAAGAUGUCGGCGUGGCCGGCGAUCCGCCCGGUUUCUUUACCACGGAGACGCUGCGGUCGGUUCCAGAUGUGGAUGAGCCCGCCUACUGUCGCGGCCAGCGAUCCCUCAUCAGCGCCAAGCGCACUGCAGCCGCCAAGGGGAAUCUUCCCGCUGCGCGGCGGCCGUGUAUUCAAGACCCGACCCACUAUAUGAAUGACCUUGGCCGAUCAUGUACUCGCACGCCUGAGCUACAGCGUGCCUUGGCUGCCGCGUAUGAGCAGCUUUGUCUCGCGUGCAAGAACUGGGCGAACGACUCGGAAAAUAUGCCGAGUAUCUUGACGACUGCCCUCCAGGCUAAUUUUGAGCCGUUGGAAAACCUGCGAGCACAAAUAAUGUGCCCUACAAGGCGUAAUCCCUCAUGA